AUGACGAUUUCAAUAUCUCAGCCUAAGCGUGAGAAGAAGCAAGACUUCCAGAAAACAAAACUGAAGGUCGGCAAGGCACGACCGAAGAACACCAAUGCGACAGAUACAAGUUUCGCAGCAAAGUCCAUCGUACUCAAACAACAGAGUUUGACGGAAGCUGGACGCGAUGCUGCAACUUUGUUGGACCUAAAUCUGUCCCUCCUUAGUAGUCGCAACGAUACACAGCGACGUGAUGCGCUCAUGUACCUGACAUCAAUUGUAGCCUCCAAAGAUCACGAUUUACCACGACCCAUCUCUACGAUACUUACGCGGUCACAGCCGCUGGUUUUGGAUGGCAGUCCGUCUGUCCGCCAGCAGUUGCUGAAACUUCUCAAGCAGCUACCUCCCCAUGGCUUAGGAUCACUAGAUCAGACUCUCUUGUAUACACGCGCUGGGAUGACGCAUCUGUCUGCGGACAUUCGAUCGACCUCUCUGGAUGUGCUGGACUGGCUUCUAGAGACCAAUGGCGAAGCAGUCGUCAAUUGUGCCGGUGGAUGGGUGAAAAUGCUCCAGACGUUUCAGAAUUUGCUCUCGUGGAGCUCUCCCGAUCCCACGCACGCAAUCCUGAACGGAACAUGGAGCACAACUAAAUCUACAAACACCAAAAUAGGCACCGACAAGCUCCUCGUGCACCAACUGAUGAGUCUGGCCAGUUUCCUUGCGGCAGGUCUGCGGCGUCCUGCUUUGGAUGCCGAAGCGCAUACAGCUUACGCAGCGGCUUCGUUCCCAAUUUGGCACACCGGACGUCAUCUGAUCACAACUCGAAGCAGUCCCUACAACCACCUGAAUCUUUUUGGAAUCCCCCGCGAAGUGGAUAACGACGUGUAUGACGACGUGGAAGAUCGUGCUGAUAUCUUUUACGGUCUUGGAAUCGCUACCGCGUUCGCACAUGGCGUUAAAGAAGCGAAAAGCAUGGGCGGCGAGGUCGGAAGAGCUGCGGCCUCCGUAGACAAAGCUCUGCACUUGGCAGCUCCCGGUCAAGUGGGCUGA